AUGGGGUCUCAGGGGAGUCUCAGCGACAAGACAUCAGGCAUCACCGGAGUCAACCAGCAAGAAGACAUACACACCGCUGCUGAAAAGGGUCUUGCCGCAACGGAUAAAUAUGGCGAGGCGACGGUCCAAUUCGACAAAGACGCCGAGCGACGCCUUCGGCUCAAGAUCGACCUGAUGAUUGUUCCGACUGUCGCGGUCCUCUACCUGUUCUGUUUUAUCGAUCGAGCAAACAUUGGCAAUGCUAGGCUAGCAGGACUCGAAAAGGACUUGGGAAUGACCGGAACGUACGACUACAAUACGUUGCUGUCGAUUUUCUACAUCAGCUAUAUUGUUUUCGAGAUCCCAUCCAACCUGGCUUGCAAGUGGAUCGGCCCCGGCUGGUUCAUCCCUUUUCUUUCCCUUUGCUUCGGCAUCGCCUCCGUGGGCACGGCUUUUGUCAACAACCUCCCUCAGGCAUGUGGCGUUCGUUUCGUCCUUGGGGUGUUUGAGAGCGGCAUGAUGCCUGGCAUCUCGUACUACUUGUCGCGUUGGUACCGACGGUCGGAACUUGCUUUUAGAUUGUCGCUGUUCAUCGUCAUGUCUCCGCUGGCUGGCGCCUUUGGCGGACUUCUAGCCUCCGGUAUUUUGAGCUUGGAAAGCUUUGGAAGCCUUCACAGGUGGAGAAUGAUCUUUGCUAUCGAGGGUAUCAUCACCAUUGGUCUCUCAUUGAUCUCCUUCAUCACCCUGACCGACAGACCGGAGACUGCCCGCUGGCUCACACAGGAAGAGAAGGACCUUGCUGUCGCCAGAGUCAAGUCAGAGCGUCUUUCCCAGAGUAGCGUGUUGGACGGCUUUGACAGGAAAAAGGUCUGGUUGGGUUUCUGGAACCCGGUCGUUCUUAGUACUGCAUGGGUUUUCCUUCUCAACAAUAUCACCGUUCAAGGACUGGCAUUCUUCCUGCCCACUAUCGUGGCGAACAUCUACCCGACCUACACCACAGUGCAGAAGCAACUGUAUACAGUCCCGCCAUACAUCGUCGGCGCAUUUUUUACAUUGCUGCUGCCUGGGCUAGCAUGGAAGUUUGACAGACGACAAGUCUUCUUCAUCCUGUCAGCCCCUCUUGUUAUCAUGGGCUACUCAAUGUUCCUCGGCAGUACUGAUUCCAAGGUCCGCUACGCAGCAACCUUCUUCUUGACGAGCAGCUGCUUCUCCCUUGGUCCGCUUGCGAACGCCCAAGCAGCUGCGCAAGUCAAUAGUGACACUUCUCGGGGCGUGUCCCUCGCCACGAACAUGAUGUUUGGCAACGUCGGGGGUUUGAUCGCCACUUGGAGCUACAUAAGCUGGGAUGGUCCGAACUACCACAUCGGCAACGGCCUGAACUUGGCUGCUGCUUCGGUCAUUCUUAUUUCGAGCACCUUGACUCUGUUCUGGAUGAAGUGGGACAACAAGCGACGUGAGAAGCGAGAUGUCGAUCAGGAACUCUCAGGACUGACGGCAGAGGAGAUUGAGAACCUCGAAUGGAGACAUCCGGCGUGGAGGUGGAAGCCGUGA